AAACACCCUCGAAACUAUGGCAUCUAGCGAGGAAGCCGGACUUUGCUUUCCCAAAGAUAUCCUCUCCAAUAUGUCGCCAGAGGCUCGCAAGGACAUUUACAUCAAAAUGCUCGUCGCCUCGAGUCAUAUAAUCGUCUUCCAAGAAUCAUCAAACCGACCGAUAGAGUUUUUUGUUCCCGGCAAACCAACACAAUGGCCUACAUCGGCAUUGGCGAAAUUCCGAGAGUACAGUGAACAAGAGACCAACGCUGUUUCCUACGGCUUGAACCACUUCAACCUUGUCGAUACUACAACACAACGCGAAGCUUCAAUCCUACAAACCUUUCUAGUCUCACCCACGUCAACCCAUGCGCGUCUGCUAUCUCACAUGUCCCUCAGCUUUCCUGCACUUCAGAUGGUACAAGGACAACCCGAAGCGCUAGGACUUACACAGGAAGGAAUGCGCACCCUAAAGCUUCUCCAAGACUAUUGCGUUAAUCUUAAGACUUUAGAGUUCUACGUACAUAAGGGUAACGCUUUCGAUUUAGCCGGAGAGGUUCCUAGCAAGUCCUGUAAUAAGGCUUUGUCACAGGUGAACGCGCAGUUGAAGGCUGUUCCUUCUCUGGAAAGAAUUAUCAUCAGGUAUUAUUAUGAUAGACCAACCCCCGAGGCAAUGCAGUUGAUACAGGGUCUUGGGUGGAUGGUCCUAAUGGGUGAUAUGGUGGCACCAUAAUAGUCACAGAAGCUUAGUCGCAUAGCUCAUUUGCCCGCACCUCUAUUUCACAAUAAUGAAGAACUUGUGGCUAUGCACCCGAC